GCCACCGGCUGCAACACAAGCCCAAAACAUGAUCAAUCCACCCGUGCUUAACAGUUGGAGAGGUGUUCUUUCUAUGAAAUUCUGCACCCUUUUUUCUCCAAACAUACCUUUGCUCAUUGCAGCCAAAAAGUUCUAUUUUAACUUCAUCAGGCCACAGGACUUGUUUCCGCAAUGCAUCAGGCUUGUUUAGAUGUUCCUUUGCAAACUUCUGAAUCUGAAUUUUGUGGUGAGGACGCAGGAAAGUUUGGAGAAACCAUUUCCCCCCACCCAGGGGUUGGGGUGAAUGUGUGGUUGGCUGCGGACUAUGACCAGCAGGGAUAAGCGUCUUUAAUGCAGUUAGUCUGGAGCUUGGAGUCGGUCAGUUGUCGGUGAAACGUUGUCUGGGCUCCUGUGUGUCGGUGGGCGGUGUCUGCGGGCUCGGCCUCCCCGCAAUCCGAGUGCCCCUGGGUUAGGAGACGUUCGGUAGUUUGCGGCUCCGCUCGGGAGUUUGCGGAGGAUUUCACGUGAUCAGCCCAUGGCUGCAGACGGAAGCGGCUCCGGGAGCAGCAGCGGGGGCUCGGGCUGAGCGGCGGUUCCGGGAGCAGCGGCGGCGGCGGGAGUGGGGGCGGCGGUUCCGGGAGCGGGAGUGGGGGCGGCGGCUCCGGCAGCGGGGGCUCGGGCUGAGCGGCGGCUCCGGCAGCGGGGGCUCGGGCUGAGCGGCGGGGAUGCUGCGGGUGUAGAUUCCGCACAGGGCCGAGGACAAGAGACGUGAUGGCAAACUCGCUGCCAGAGCUCACCCAGAACCCGCUGAAGAAGAUCUGGAUGCCGUGUAAGAAUGGCCGGUGUGAGGUGCACAUUUCACAAAGGAAGGUAUGGAUCCCACACAUGACAAACUCCCCUUCACUCAUUGUAAUGGUGGGUCUCCCUGCCAGAGGCAAAACCUACAUCUCAAAGAAACUCACCCGUUACUUCAACUGGAUUGGAGUGCCUACUAAAGCAUUUAAUGUUGGCCAGUAUCGGCGUGACCUACUAAAGACCUAUAAAUCGUUUGAGUUUUUCCUCCCUGAUAAUGAAGAGGGCUUGCAAAUCCGGAGACAGUGUGCCUCAAGAGCACUGAACGAUGUGAAGAAGUACCUGGACGAGGAAGGUGGCCAGGUUGCGGUUUUCGAUGCCACCAACACUACACGUGAACGAAGAGAAAUUAUUAUCAACUUUGCAGAACAAAAUGGAUACAAGGUAUUCUUCGUUGAGUCAGUGUGUGAAGAUCCUGAGGUCAUUGAGACAAAUAUUGUGCAAGUGAAGCUGGGGAGCCCUGACUACAGUGACUGUAGCAACGAUGAAGCCAUAGCAGACUUCCUGAAGCGGAUAGAGUGUUACCAGAACACGUACCAGUCCCUGGAUGAAGUGUCAGAUAAGGAUCUUUCUUUCAUUAAAAUCAUGGACGUUGGAAGACGCUACCUUGUCAACCAUGUACUGGAUCAUAUUCAAAGCAAAAUUGUUUACUACCUCAUGAACAUCCACAUAACUCCGCGCUCCAUCUACCUCUGUCGUCAUGGUGAGAGUGAGCUGAAUCUGAAGGGCAGGAUAGGCGGUGACUCGGGUCUGUCUAGUCGUGGCAAACAGUUUGCCAGAUCGUUGGGGAACUUCAUACAGGAUCAGAACAUAAAGGACCUGAAGGUGUGGACCAGCCAGAUGAAAAGGACGAUCCAGACCGCAGAGGCCCUGAAUGUGCCUUACGAGCAGUGGAAAGCGCUGAAUGAGAUUGAUGCGGGAGUGUGUGAGGAGAUGAUGUACGAGGAGAUUCAGCAGAACUACCCCGCAGAAUUCGCACUCCGAGAUCAAGACAAGUACAGAUACCGGUACCCGAAGGGGGAGUCGUAUGAAGACUUGGUUCAGCGCCUGGAGCCAGUGAUCAUGGAGCUUGAGAGACAGGAGAAUGUUUUGGUCAUCUGUCACCAAGCUGUUAUGCGCUGUUUGCUGGCUUAUUUCCUCGAUAAAACAGCAGAGGAGCUCCCAUACCUGAAGUGUCCCCUGCACACUGUCUUAAAAUUGACCCCAGUGGCGUAUGGAUGUAAAGUCGAAUCCAUUUUCCUCAAUGUUGAAGCUGUCAACACGCACCGAGAAAAGCCAGAGAAUGUAGACAUUUCAAGACCUCCUGAAGAAGCUCUUGUAACGGUCCCUGCUCACCAGUGAGACUUGCUGCAUCACCUGUCACCACUGCAUCUUAACAGGGGGCUCUCCCUCACCGUCUAACCUCACUACACAACUUGUUCUUUCAAGUCCUAAAAUAGUUCUGCAAAUAAACGUUUUUACUUCUGGCUGUUUUGUUAAAUGUUUAUAGACUAAAUGCUGUGCACAAGAGUCUUCAGAUCAUGCAACAAAACUAAUGGAAGAACUCUGUCCGAACUGUUCUAUAAAUGCUGCACCCUCGCUGACUGACUGACUAGAUUUUUGAUUAUACCUGUACUUAUCUACUGGACUUCUGCUUUUUUGCACUGUCUUUGAAGCAGUAAUUUGCAGGGCAGGUGAAGGUAAGCAGCAGUCAUGGAAAUAUUACAACUGUUUACAUUUAUAACUUCCUGCAUUUGGCAGUUUAAGUUGAUGUAAAGUUAAUUAAAACCUGAUAUAGCUAAACUGCUUUCUCGGUCAGGAGAUAUCUGUCUCGGGAAAUUGAAUGUCUUGAUGUAAAGUAAUUUAAUGUUAACUGACAGGAGUCUUACUGUGUGGAUAGAAACGGUACAUGAUUCUUACAAAGUGAGUGUUAAAAUGGGGCACGUCCAUGUGCACUAGCUGCCCUCCACCUCAGCAGAACGAAAAAUCUCAUAUUGACAGGGCUGUCAGUAGAGUCCCUAUCCAACCAUAAAGGGCUGCUCAGAGUUAGAUAAUUGAUAGGAGUUUUUCCUUCAAAAUGAUUAUGUGUAAAAUUGUUGUUAUUUUAGAUGGAUGAUACUGUGUUUUGACCAGCAGUGUUGUUGGAUGGUGUCGCACUGUAAUGAAUCAUUUUCAUUGUUAAGAUGGCUACUUAAAUGCCUUUUAAAGCCAUGCUUUGGUUGAAAACUGUUUCAUUAGGCAGGGGUCUGCUCAGUUUGUUUCUCUGGCUUCAAAUGUGAUUUUAAUUAAAAUUUGUAAUA